CUCGCCCGCGCCCGGCCGAGCCGCCGGCCCAUGGCCACGGUGCGGGGCUCGCCCGGGCUGCUGGCCCUGCUGCUGCCGCUGCUAAUGCCUGCAGGGGGAUCCCGCUCGGGCAGCGCCGACCGCUGCAGCUGGAGGGGCAGUGGUCCGAGCCGGGAGCCCCGUUCCCGUGCCGUGGAGCAGGUCCGCCUGCGCUGCCCCGAGGGCUCCCUGGAGUGGAUGUACCCAGCCCGAGCCCUGCGGGUGCUGGAGCCCAACGUGGCCAGUGUCCUGCACACCACGCUCUGCAUCAAACCCGCCCGCGACUUCCAGGGCGCCAGCAUCUACGUGGAACGUGCUGGGCAGCUGCACCUGGUGGUGAGCGAGGCAGAGGGGGCUCGGCCCCGGCACGUGUCCUGCUUCAGUGCCCACACCCCACCGCGAGUGGCCCUGUUCCUGCAGGCCAGCCCGCAGAGGGACAUCAGCCGCCGCACCGCCACCUUCCAGUACGAGCUGCUGAGCCAGCAGAGCACGGCCGGCCCCGACUUCAAAGAGAUGGCCCUGGUUGAAGCCAUGUGCCGUCCUUGUGACAACAUGGAACUCCUUAUGGCCAUCUGCAGCAGUGAUUUUGUGGUGAAAGGAUCCAUCCAAAGUGUCUCCCACGACUCAGAGAACCACAUGUCCCAGGUUGAUGUCAGACUCCAGAAGGUCUACAGGCAGAAAAAACAGAUUUUCCAGCAGGAGGAAGGUAGUGGGGAAUGGCGAGGCCCCAUCCGAACCCUUCUGCAGUGCCAGGUGAAGAAGGGAGGGGGAGAUUUCCUCUUCACUGGGAGUGAACACUUUGGGGAAGCCUGGCUGGGCUGUGCCCCUCGCUUUAAGGAUUUCAUGCUGGUUUACCAGGCUGCCAGAGAAAGGGGAGCCAACCCCUGUGAGUUUGAGCUCAACUGACAUGAGAGACACUGCUGCUGAGAGUUGAAAAAUUUCAGCCCAGUCUUUGGAUACUGAAUCUGGAGCAGAGUUAAAAGGACUAAAGUUACAAUUCCACCUAAACUGGGACCUGGAGGAUUUCCUGGAAGAUAAUGGCUCUGUGAGCCCUGUGAACUGACUUUUAACUCACAUUAAUUUCUCUUUCAUCACAUUUUCUCUGCCUCACAAAAUAACUUUGGAUUUUGGAAAGAGAGUCUUUUGGGGAAGGUUAGGAAACAGCCUGUGCUCAGUACUAGAAAAGUCUCUCGAACAUCUCUUGCUCUGUGUAAAUGUUACGUGCUUUUUCUCUAGACAUUUUUCUCCCCUCCCCAAUCUCUGCCUGAUUUCUCUUCCUUUAAAGGUAAAUGUGAAAACUCUCUCUAACUUGGGAGGAAAAAACUACCUCUAAAGAAAAAAAAGCCCUUUCUUCACCAAGAAUUACUUGAUUUUUAAAAUGGAAUGUAGAUGCUGUAAAAAGUACAUGCUCUUUUCUGACACUGAAAAAACAUUAAGGAGUUUAAUACAAGCACAAACAAAAUGCAGCUAAGUCGCCUCCUUAAAGUUCUGUUGAACUAAUUUAGGAUCAAGAAUUGCUCAUGAUGGUAUUUUCACCUAAAUUAUCUGCCUCUUUGCAAUUAGCUUUUAUUAUUUGAUUGGUGGCUCCUCCCACCCUCCCUUAGUGCUUUAGCCAGACUCACACAAUUGCCUGUAUUUUAUGUAAAUGGAAUUGCUACACCGUAAAAUGAUAUACAAAUGUGUCUACCACACAGAAGCCAAGAAAUGGUGUGAAUAAACCCAUUAUUUCCCAUGCAAUGGCAUCUGAUUGCAGCCUGGGCAGCACGGGGCUGACAGAUGUGAGCCCAUGACGGGCCACGGAGAAAACUGAGUGAGGAAAACUCUGACAGGCCACAAUUAAUUGACUUCUGGAAUGAC